CUCUUCUCCAAUUCUUCCCAAAUCCUAUUCUUAACUCUCUACUCUCUAAUUCUCUUAUUCUCCAAUAUAUUAUAUAUUUACUCUCUAAUUAUCUUCUCCAAGAAGUUAAGAUGGAAAAUCAAAAUGCCAUUAUACGGUAUAAUUUUGAUAAGCUGAAGGACCUGAAGACCGGGAUGUGGUACGCAAUUUGCAAAUGGUGCGAAAAAAAAUGUAUCAUGGGGGCUUCAGGCGGAUUCGGGAUGGCAAUCAAGCAUAUGAAGUCAUGUGACAAAGCCAAAGGAUCGGGAGAAUUAUCAUAUCUACCAUUUUUAAGAUGGAAAGUCAAUAUGCCGUUAUAUGGUAUAAUUUUGAUAAGCAGAAGGACCCGAGGAUCGGGAUGUGGUACACAACUUGCAAAUGGUGCGGGAAAAAAUGUAGCAUGGGGGUUUCAGGCGGAUAUGGGAAGGCAAUGAAGCAUAUUAAGUCAUGUGAAAAAGCCAAAGGAUCGGGAGGUGCGGGAAGUUCCGAUUGAUUACAAUUUACAAAACGUAUUUCAUAUUGUAUGUAUCUCUUAAUUUUCAAAUGUAGUUCCUAUUUCAUUUCAAAUAAAUGCACUUGAAGUUUGUUUUUAAUACUUGUAUAAAACUAUAAAGUAUAAAUUAUAAAAAAUAAAAAAAAUUAGACCCG